CUUCACACUCUCACUCUCCUCUUGCCUCUGACAUUCACAUUUGCUGCCUGCCAGGACUCUUCCUCUCACCCACGAUGACCCGCUCCCUCAGCUUGGGCGCCCACCUUCUUCUUCUUCUGUCCCUCAGCUGCAUCGCACGCGCAGAACCGCGACGCAGCACGUCCUCCCAGCGAAGAGUGGCGCGCGCACCCGUCGCUAAGGUGCGACUGGCGGGAAACUAUGUGCGAGAGGCGAACGAAGGGCGCGUGGAGGUGUUGCACAACAACACCUGGGGGACUAUCUGCGAUGACGAAGUGGACAUUAAACUGGUUAACGUGGUGUGCAGAGAGCUGGGCUUCCGGGGGGCUGUGACGUGGGCUCACAGCGCCAAAUAUGGAGAGGGAACAGGUCCAAUAUGGAUGGAUAAUGUACGGUGCGGCGGCUCGGAGAGGUCCUUGAAAGACUGCAAACACAACGGCUGGGGGGUGAAUGACUGUAAACACUCUGAGGACUUGGGGGUUGUGUGCGCCCCUGAGCACAGGGUGGAUCAGCAACCCAGCAGAGGUCACACAACUGCUGCCAGGCCUUCUGUCAGCCAAGCACCUCAAUGGGGGGGCAUUGUUGCAACCCAGAGGCAUCCAGGAUACGGGUACUAUGGAAAUGGACAUCCGUAUGAGAUCCCCAGCUUCCAGAGACCUCACCACUACCAGGGUCACAGUAAGGUUCGAAUUGAAGAGGUCCGUCUUCGUCCAAUCCUCAUGGCUACCAAGAAGAAGAGCCUUGUCGCAGAGGGUGUGGUGGAAGUGAAGCAUGCUGGGAGAUGGAGGCAAGUUUGCGACCUGGGCUGGAGUCUCAACAGCAGCCGGGUGGUGUGCGGGAUGCUGGGCUUUCCCGAGGCCUCUCAACACAACGCCAAAACAUACAAAAAAAUAUGGGACACCAAAGUUUUGGAUCCAUCAACAAGAAUUAGUCUGAUGGCAAAGAAGAAGGGAUUCUGGGUAGAGAAGGUGCACUGUCUGGGCACUGAGAACAGUUUAUCAGAGUGCCACGCUCAGCUGUCAAUCCCCCGUAGUCCCACUCCUUGUAAGAACGGGAGGCAUGCAGUGGUCAAGUGUGUCCCGGGGCCUCAGUUUGCUCGCAUCUCCUCAGGAAGACCCCAGGCUCCACAUCCAGUUGUGCCUGUCCGCCUCAAGGCAGGCCCCAGGCUGGGCGAAGGCCGUGUGGAGGUGCUUCGGAACGGGAAAUGGGGGACUGUUGUUGAUCACUUGUGGGACAGGACCGCAGCCAGCGUGGUGUGCAGAGAGCUGGGUUUUGGUACCGCCAAAGAUGCCCUGCAAGGAGCCUUUAUGGGCCAAGGAACUGGACCGAUUCAUAUGAACAAUGUACAGUGUGUGGGGUCAGAGCGCUCCAUCUUGGACUGCUACUUCCAAGAAGUCCAACCAUGGACAUUCAAACACAGCCAAGAUGCUUCAGUACGCUGUAAUGUUCCUAAGACUGGCUCAGAGAAAACGGUGCGGCUUGCUGGUGGUAGAGUCCAUUCAGAGGGCCGUGUGGAGGUGUUGAUGGAGGUUGGGGGUCGUAAGCGUUGGGGCUCUGUCUGUAGCGAGAACUGGGGCAUCAACGAAGCCAUGGUGGUGUGCAGACAGCUAGGCCUGGGCUUUGCUGCCAGUGCUCAUCAGGAGACAUGGUACUGGUCUGGUGACCCAAAUGCAAGCGAUGUGGUUCUUAGUGGAACUCACUGUGUGGGCACCGAGUUUUCAAUCCAACAGUGUCGCCGUAACAACCACAUCCACUGCCCUCGUGGAGGUGGAGCCAAGGCUGCUGGGGUCACCUGUUCAGAAACUGCUCCGGAUCUUGUUUUGGAUGCACAGCUGGUUCAGGAGACGACCUACCUGGAAGACCGACCCCUCCAUCUGCUGACCUGUGCCAAUGAAGAGAAUUGUCUGUCGUCUUCUGCUGCCAGGAUGAACUGGCCGUAUGGACACCGACGCCUGCUGCGCUUCUCCUCACGUAUCAUGAACCUUGGUCGGUCUGACUUCAGACCCAAAGCAUCAAAAGACACCUGGACAUGGCACCAGUGCCACAGGCACUACCACAGCAUCGAGGUGUUCACACAUUAUGACCUGCUGACGCUGAACGGCACAAGGGUUGCAGAGGGACACAAGGCCAGCUUCUGUCUGGAGGACACAUACUGUCCUGAUGGGGUCCAAAAGCGGUUUUCCUGCUACAACAUGGGCGAUCAGGGCAUUUCUGUGGGCUGCUGGGACACCUAUCGCCAUGACAUUGACUGUCAGUGGGUCGACGUGACAGAUGUACGGCCUGGGGACUACAUAUUCCAGGUGGAAGUGAACCCCUCGCUGGACAUGGCGGAGUCUGACUUUAUGAACAACGUCAUGAGAUGUCGAUGCAAAUAUGACGGCCACCGAGUUUUCAUGUAUAGCUGCCACACUGGUGAUGCUUAUAGUGCAGAGACUGAAGACCUGUUUGAGCACCAAAGACAAAUCAACAACAACUUUGUGUAGCCCAUUCCAGGAUGUCUGGUGUGAAGGGCGUACAGUGGAGGGCAAAGGUCAACGGCCUCAGGAAUCCCAGGGCCGUAGGGCCCAUAAUAACGUUACAAAAUGCCUCGUGCUCAUCUCUUCAGCAGAUGUUGGCGAAAUAUUCAUAAGCACUUCAUGUGACUUCAUCAACCAUCGCAGGGAUGUUUACAUCAGCAAGAGGAACACGCGUCGUUCAAACUAAAUAUUUAGCUUCAAAUUUCUCUCAAGCAGGGUUUUUGUGAAUGUGGAUUAUUAUUAGUGAAAUCAGUAAUUCACUUGUACAUGUACAAAAGGUGAAAAUGCAGUUUUUCUGUGACAAAAUUAACAAAGACAGUGGUGCUUUAGAAAAAUAUCACUCUGAGUUAAGGAAAACUGGUGAAAAAUAAUGCAAUUUUGUACAUUUUGUUGCAUAAAAAUUAAGAUUCUAUUCACAUGUUUGCAAAAACUUCCAAAAAUUUCAAAUGCAAAAAAAUAAUUGAAUUCACAAUGAACAAAUUUUUUACUUUUCUAUUGCAGCACCACUGGUGCUCUUAGGUGAUAUCUUAUGUUCUUACAUUAACCUCACUGACUUUCAGGUAAAUAAUGUUGUACAGCAAGUUUAGGCAGUUUUUUUUAACAGUUACUUUGGUGAUAAUUUAGUCUUAACAAAUUUGUCAUAUUAAUAAAAAAAGUUGUGCUUCACAUUCAAAACGGAUAACAAGAGGUUAUUUUUUUUAAAGGAAGAAAGCACUUUAUAUUUUAAGCCGAAGUAUUGAUAUUUACCCCCAAAGCAUCUGCCAAAUCCAUAACUUAGUGUAUUUAUCUAAAAUAAGUAUAUUGUGUUUUACAUUUUGGAAAGUGAAAUGUACGUUUAUUUGUUUAGUCUUCCUGUUCAAUGUGCUAUUUAUGCUAUUCUUUAAUAGUUUAUUUAUUGGAAUUUACACUUACACAGCAUGCUCAGUAAAGAGUUGUUAGCUAGUUUUAAUCAAAACCUAAUAUUUUUUAUUUUUUUGACAUGAUUAACCGGUAAAAAAUUUCCUUUCUGCAGUAGUUACUGGACCAGUUCCAUCAUGCGGGAGAGUAAUUGUUGAUUUAUUUUAUUUUAGUCAUUAAAACAAUGUUAAAUGUACAGGUUCUUUUUCUCUUUCUGCCUCUCUGAUGGGAGGGAAAAGUGGCCUGACGAAACCACAGUAUUGUGGUAGACAGGAAGGCUGGGUUUUGAGAGCGCAUAAAAAGCCUUUUAAUUACCUCUGUUUGGUUAGACUUAAGGUUACGGUUAGGAUUGAGGCUCAAGCAUGUGCUUUAUAAAGAAUUGUCACUUAUGCAACCAUGGAAAGGACAAGAAUCUGGAUUUCCAUCUUUACACGAGCUACAAAAGAGAUGGAGACUUCUAAGGGGGUUUAAAGAAGAGAGGAGGCUAGGAUUGAUGGAGAGAGAAAAGAGAAAAGGGGUCAAAGUUGGCGAAUGACUUGGGCAGAUGUGCAGCUUUUAUAUCAAAAAACUGCAGCCUUGUUCCUGGCAGUCGUUUAGAGACCACAGGCUGGCACUUUCAGCUCAAACAGCAUGUUAGGGAGAAGAAAUAAACUCAUAUUCAUGCUUCAGCUGAGUAAACAGGGACUUUCUUUCAACUGAUGCCAAGUCUUAUGACAUGUACUGUAUUUUUCUACCAUGAUACCGCCUCAUCUUUAUGAAACCUGAAGGAAAUGUUUGUUUUUAUUUUUCCGACUGAAGAUUUUCAGCAUUUUUUAUAGAAAAUUGUCCAAAUCCUGGUUUUGACCCAAGCAGAAGUCAUUAUUUUUGCUAAAUCAGUUUCAUAACGAAACCUAUUUAGGAAUUUUGUUGCUAGAAAGACAAAAACGUUGUUUUCCUGACUUUCUUUCAUUUCAUAACCUGUCUGUUCUGUGUGUUAUUUAAAAAGGACAUGUUAUUCCAUAGCUUCAGUUGGUUCAUUUUCAUUCUAAUACUGUAUUAAUAUCUAUGCUGUGAGCAUAGCACUGGGAUAUUGUUUUCUACGGCCAGUUUUGUUUAAAGCUGAGAGUUUGAUCUGAAUGACGCUGAUGUGUGCUCUCAGGGACUUUGACCUCGUCUAAAUACUAAAAUAUAUAAAUAUGUAUUUCAUAUGAUGUGACUAGUUUGAUUUUUAGCUGUGAUGACAACAAACCAACGGGAGCUGUUUGGACUGAUGGCGCUCUUAAAAAGACUGACAUGUACCCACAUGUUUAUAUUUUUGUUGGUUAAAGAAUCUAAGGUAUGGUGGUGAUAAGCCUUGUUAAGUUUUUGCCCUGAGGGACGUUCAGAUAACUGGAUACACACUGGCUGAGUCAGAACCCAAUCACAAUCCAUUCAUUCAUCAUUACUGUGAAUCAAUAAAACUUCAUCUCACACUAA